AUGGCAUAUGGUAAGAGUUCAUCCACAGAACAAUCGAUCUAUGUACCGAUGGAUGAUGAAUCUGCGCUGGAGGACAAUGUUGGCUACAAUGUAUUAUUUCAAAAGCUCGCCUUUUCUGGCAGUGGUUUUCAAAGUCAAGCAGGUCGGGAUGCUAUGCCGGCAGAUAGUCCAAAUAUACCCCCUGGUGGCCUUGAUGUUAUGUUUCAGCAACUGACCGAACGAGGUAGUGGACUGAAAGCUGGUACUGAGCCGAUCCAAACAAAACCGGGUUAUAUCACUAACGCUCGUCAGGUAUAUAAAAUGUUUAAAGGUAAAGAUGGCGGCGGUGAGGGUUUGUUGAACAAUCAAUUUUACACACUGUUUAAGAGUUUCGACAAGAACGGUGAUGGACAAAUUACUAAAGUUGAUGUUGAAUUAUUUUUGAAGAGCGUUGGUCUCGGUUUCGUCAGUUCAUACAUGGCAACGGCCCUCUUCAACGCUGUAGAUACGAAUCACAAUGGGUCACUGGAUUUCAUUGAUCUUUUAGCUUUAAUAGGCCUCCUUACUGCAUUAUUAACAAAAUUUGGUAGUGGAAAUAAGAAGAAACCGGAGGGAGAGUGA